AUGUUUUCAGCUAUAGCAGAUGAAAGGCGGAAGGUGUAUGGUGUUCAGUUUCAUCCAGAAGUGGAUUUGUCGCUCGCCGGCAAGGACAUUUUUCAUAAUUUUUUGUAUGACAUCGCUGGCAUUACGGGUGAUUUUACAAUGCAAAAUCGUGAACAGCUAUGCAUUCAGGAAAUCCGUAGCAUCGUCGGCGACAAAAAAGUUUUGGUAAUGGUAUCAGGUGGAGUGGACUCCACGGUCUGCGCUUCACUUCUUCAUAAGGCGUUGGGAAGCGAUAAGGUGAUUGCCGUACACAUUGAUAACGGUUUCAUGCGC